AUGGCGUCAGCUCCGAUUCUCUCUACGCCAGAUACGCAUCUGCUAGAAGCCACAGAACCCGUCGCCAGACCGAACGAUUCAGGGAUCGUCCGUUCUGACGAUGAACUCUCUAUCAUCUAUGAUAUCGAACGAACCUUGGCUGAGAUACGCCAAUCUCGGUGGAAGCGCAUCGCACUCCAAUUUCCGGAUGAUAUGCUCCCGGAUGCUCCGCGAGUCUUUCAGCUUUUGACACGGGGGCUACAGACGAAGAAUGCGAAAUCUGACAUUGAACCGGCAGUCGCGGAAACUACGAAUGCGGAUCCGGAGACGACGCUUACCGAAAAGACGUCUCAGUUAGGGUUGGAGGACAGCAAGUCGCUCGACGAACUAGAACGCAGAUUCUAUAUUCUGGCCGACACUUCCUAUGGCACUUGCUGCGUUGACGAGGUUGCUGCGGAACAUGUUGAUGCUGAUGCUGUUGUACACUACGGACGAGCCUGUCUAUCCCCGACGUCGCGAUUGCCCGUGAUAUACGUUUUUACACACAGACCUUUACCAAUUGAACCGCUUGUCAAAGCGUUCAAAAAUACAUACACUGACCUUACCGCGAAAAUUAUCAUAGCUGCCGAUGUGACAUACACGGAUCAUGUCCAAGAAGUUCACGAUCGACUUGUGCAGGGAGGAUAUACCAAUCUUUUCGCAGCAGAGGUAGUACACAACCCUGCAUCUGCCAUUCCGAAUCGUACAGUCCCAGAAUCGGUCGAGGAAAACGCAGACACAUUGAGCGAAUGGGAAUUGUUUCACAUCUCGGAUCCGCCUACGGCGCUCUUGCUUACCCUUUCAUCGAGAGUUGCGGCUAUACAUAUCUAUCCGACGGAGAAUGUUGAGUCCGAAGAAGAGAUCAAACCACUUCAAGCGUCUACCACAGCAGCGUUACGUCGUCGAUAUGGUGUUUUAGUCUCUUUGAGCACUGCACCUAUAUUCGGCAUUCUUGUCAAUACGUUAAGCGUCAAGAAUUACCUUCAUAUUGUCGACCACGUGAGGAAACAAAUCGCAGCUGCCGGUAAAAAGAGCUAUAUGUUUGUCGUCGGCAAGCUCAAUGCUGCAAAGGUAGCAAACUUUAGUGAGAUCGAAGGGUGGGUUGUGAUUGGAUGCUGGGAGAGUUCCUUAGUGGACAGUAAGGAUUUCUGGAAACCGGUCAUCACGCCCUACGAGCUUGAGCUUGCUCUACAAAGCGAUGAUACCCGUGUAUGGACGGGCGCGUGGAGAAGCGAUUACCAGGCUGUCCUUGAUGCUUCUACGGAGGUACCGAAUGCGACGGGAGAGACAAGUGAAGAUGUUGACGGCGAUGACGGCUCAGAAUCCGAAUCCGCACCUCCAGAAUUUGACUUUAGGACCGGUCAAUUUGUAACCACCUCCCGGCCUAUGCAAUACACAAGCAAUGGCAGCAAUGGACGUGCGGGGGGUAAUAGUACAGCUUUGGCGAAACGAGCCAAGGGUGACUUAGCUAUGAUCGGGAACUCGAUAUCCCCAGGGGCGGAAUUCUUGCGUUCGCAAAGGACAUGGAAAGGGCUUGGAAGCGAUUUUGAGAUUAAAUAUGAGGAGGACGACGAGGUCGGUGGUUCCGCUGUUGUCGAAGGGCGUAGGGGCAUCGCAAGGGGGUAUGCGGUCGGCGACGUUACAGACCGACACUGA